UUAUCUAUCUCUAGUAUGCAUUUGAAGAACUCAUAAUCUUCUGUGUUCUCCCUAGCUGCCCUGGGCUUAUCCGUGGCCUUCAUCUUAAAAUUCAGAGACAACAUGUUCCAUGUGCUGACUGGCCAGUUCACUACUGUUCUGGUCACAGGCCUCUCCCUCUUCCUCUUUGACUUCCACCCUUCGCUGGACUUCUUCCUCCAGGCACCCACGGUCCUGCUGGCCAUCUUUAUCUACAAUGCCAGCUGGCCCAAGGACCUGGAAUAUAGCCUGCAGCGGGAGAAACUACGGGUCAUCAACGGGGAGGUGUUUGAGAGGUCAAGAGGGGACAGUGAGGAGCUCGAGCUCCUGACAAAGGUAAAUGCAGACAGUGUUUCUGAUGAAGAGUCCUUGUAG